AUGUCCGCCCCAAGCGCUGUCCGGCACAACGUGAACUUCAUCACGGGCAACGCCAACAAGCUGAGGGAGGUGAAGGCCAUCCUCGAGCCGGCCAUCCAGGUCGGGAGCCAGGAGCUGGACCUCAUCGAGAUCCAGGGGACGGUGGAGGAGGUGACGCUGGACAAGUGCAGGAGGGCGGCCGACUUGAUCGAAGGUCCCGUCCUGGUCGAGGACACGUGCCUCUGCUUCAAUGCGCUCAAUGGCCUGCCGGGCCCCUAUAUCAAAUGGUUCCUAACCUCACUCGGUCACGAGGGACUGAACAACCUCCUAGCCGCGUACGAGGACAAGUCGGCGCGGGCCGUCUGCACGUUCGCCUACUCUCCCGGCCCCGGCCACGAGCCCUUGCUCUUCCAGGGCGUCACCGAGGGCAGGAUCGUGCCGGCCAGGGGGCCUGGCCACUUCGGCUGGGACCCUGUGUUCGAGUAUGAGGGGAAAACCUACGCCGAGAUGGACAAGGUGGAGAAGAACAAGAUCUCGCACCGCUUCAAGGCCUUGGAGAAGCUGCAGGCGUGGUUCAAAAAGGAGAUGACUUCGUGA